UAUUUUUUUUGUCUUACAAUUUCUUAAAUGCUUCCACAUUCAGAUAACACGCUAGCUAGUAAUAGACUUAAUAUUAAUGAUAAUAAUGAUAUAGCAUAGCUAGCUUGCGUAGAUCGGUGAUGUUUAGGAACAGCCACUGAUUUUGGGGAAAAUUCUAGCAUUAAACUUGAGAGCAUGAUGCUAUCAAGGUCCACAGCGCGUGCUUCAGUUCAGAAAGACACGCCGCUGCGCCUGUGAACUCUGCACGAUCACAUCAAACCUUUUGUAAUGCUGCAAAUCUCAACGGUCUUCUAAUAAGUCGCAUUUCACCACAGACAUGGUGGAUUUAUCUGAAGGGUUAGGUGUUUGUCAGCUCUUAACAGGACACCACAAAUCCUAGCCAGUAUGUUUGGUGUGAUAAUAGUUGAAAGUCAGGACACUUGGGUUAGUUAGUAGUGGACAGGUGCCCGCUUGCAUGCUGUUCACUCGCGCUGUGCCUUGGCCUACUCGACGCCACUGUAUUCAACAUGCACUAGGUCAAAUUCAGCUAGCUUAUCCUCGCGGCUUAUUCAUCUCUGCACCUUAUAUCAGUUAAACCGCGGGUUUUGUGCCUGCUAUACAGUGCAAUUUUUUGUAUUUUUUUUCGGCAGCAAAAUUUCGCUUUCAUGAUCUUACAGUAAUGAAUAAUAUUGGUGUUAGCAUUAGACGGCUAGUCCGUUAGCGCGCAUGGAGUCCCAGUACGCUACACCAUGCGCCACAUGCAUGGCAUAAUUUUGCACAGCGCACUUCUGGAGCAGUACUUAGGAUCCACAGGAGAUGCCACUCAGGUUUCGGUCCUUUGUCCCGUAUACACUUCCUGGAGUGCUUGCACUCAUAGGCUGGUGGUGGUACAUUUCUCGCAAGAAAGCACGGAUCACAAGCCAUGACAGCGAGAAGGAACCAGUCGCGGGCUUGCUGGCUUCACCUGGUAAGGGCACCAAUGGAAUGGUGGAGACAGCACACGGCAGACCGUGCUUAGACAAAGUCAAUGCCAAAGAACCGGCGUCUGCUGAGCCGGAGGUUGUAGCACGGAUUCACACACUACCAACAAGCAGCUCAAUAGAAGAAGCAGUCAGCUCUCAAGUGGUAGUGGAAAAGCUGGGCACUCCUCCUCCUCCUCCUUGCAGCAUUGCAGCUACAGACUCCCAACAGAGCAGCUUUGAAGUGGUCAGGAAAAAGUCCCCCGUCUUAGCGUCGACGCCGUUUAGUCUUGUUGAGGAGAGUUCUCCACAUGAGAUACAAGAAGCAGUUGUUCUAAGCAUGGAGUCAAACCAAUUGCCUGCUGAAGCAGAGUUGGACACUUCUGGCUCACUCGAGCAGUCUUGGGAUCAAACACUUGACAAACAGGAGACUGAUACUAAGGAAAUGACACCACUUAUAUGUCAGGCUGUGGAGUUGUCCAAAGCUGAGCGCCCAGAGCCUGAAGGAGAGGUGGCUGAUGAUGUACUGGCUGUUCCUUUUGCUGAGAACAUCCAAGCAGACUUGGCAAAAGACGGUCUAUCCUCCACCAAAGACGACUUGGCUGCCUCCUCGCCAACACCUGGGGAUCAAUACACUCAAGCUUCCUCACAGUCACUCUGUCUUGACAGUCCCAUACUUCCUGCCUCAUUUCCAAUUUCCACCAGUUCACCGGUCUUAAACGAUUUUGUACAAGUCCAGAACCACGAGAACGGAGACCUGAGCCGUCCAGUCGAGAGCAGCGACAGCACAGAGGAGCUUCAGCUCCUUGCAGCCGGUCUCAUCACUGAAGUCAUUUCAGCAGCUGCUCAAGAGGUCAUGGCAGUCAGUAGCUCCACCUCUCAGCUCGGCGAGGAUCCAGAGGUCGCUUGCAGCAUCGCGACUACUUUAAAUGGAAAGGAAAUCGUCAGGGAAGAAGACGAGUCCACGUCUCAGGUGGGUUCCUCUUCUGAAGGCUACAAAGAUCACGUAGAGCAGCAUGCAGCACAGAUUGCUAAGGAAGUCAUCAACGGUUGCCUCACUCCCUCUGAUUGGGAGAAGUCCGAGACGCAGGACAAUUUUGUUCUCAGUGACCAUCAGGGACAGUUAGAAUCGACUCGGAUCCUGCCCAAGGCUCAGGCCAAAGAGGAGGCUGUGAUGGGAACGGAGGAUUCUGGGUGUAGCACUUGCCAGUCAGAGGAUGGUAUCAGCAACGAGGACCUUGUCAUCAGCACAGAUUUAUCAUCAGCAGUGCAUGACAGCAAAGAGGACCUUAUUCAGAUUUCAGGGAUCACGACUUCAGAGGAAAAAGGUGACAAUCAUCAGGAAAGCUCUGAUUCAGCGGUUCCGGAGGAGCCUGCGCUGAGCGCGGAGCAUGCAUCAACUUCCUGUGUGCUAGCACAGGUGAAUGGGGAAGCUCUCAGGAACGGAACCAGUGAAGCGGAGGCUGAUCAGUCCGGAGGUUCGGAUGUGAACAGUAUGGAUUCGGUAGACAGCUGCUCUGCUUUGGGGACAGGAAGUGGCAGCCAGGCCAGUCAAACACAGAGCUCUGAGCUGAUUGUGUGGGAAAUAGAGGUGCCAAAGCAUCUGGUUGGUCGAUUAAUUGGAAAACAAGGUCGGUAUGUGAGCUUUCUGAAGCAGAGCUCUGGGGCAAAGAUCUACAUCUCAACUCUGCCUUACACUCAAGAGUUUCAGAUCUGCCACAUAGAGGGUGCCCAGCAGCAGGUAGAUAAAGCAUUGGCCUUGAUUGGCAAGAAAUUUAAAGACUUGGACCUGACCAACCUGUAUGCUCCUCCAUCGUUGCCUCUGUCAUUGCCCUCCCUGCCCAUGACUUCCUGGCUCCUGCUUCCUAACGGUGUAACAGUGGAGGUGAUAGUGGUGAACAUCGUCUCAGCAGGCCACGUGUUCGUCCAGCAGCACACACACCCUACAUACCAUGCUCUGCGAAGUCUGGACCAGCAAAUGUUCCUGUGUUACUCUCAGCCUGGCACUCCUGCCCUGCCUUCACCUGCUGAAAUUGGUGUGAUUUGUGCGGCUCCUGCGGUGGAGGGAGCGUGGUGGCGAGCGCAGGUUAUCUCCUUCUAUAAGGAAUCUAACGAAGUGGAAAUCCGAUACGUGGACUACGGCGGCUACGACCGAGUGAAGAUUGAUACUCUUCGUCAGAUUAGGUCUGACUUUGUGACGUUACCGUUCCAAGGGACAGAAGUGUUAUUGGACAACAUCGCUCCUCUUCCUGGAGAGGAAAGCUUUUCAGCUGAAGCCAACUCUGCACUGGAAGAGAUGACACAAGGGCUACCUUUGCUUGCACAGGUUACAAAUUACGACAAUAACACAGGCCUUCCGUUAGUACAGAUGUGGAACAUGGUUGGAGAUGAGCUGGUUCUGCUGAAUCGUACAUUAGCAGAGCGAGGCUUAGCUACGUGGGUGGACAGUUUCUGAUCCUUUGCCCCUCCUGUUCUUCUCUCACCCUCCAUCCCCUCCUUCACUUUUUAGACCCUGCCUACCUGAAGUGCACAUCACCGGCUAGCAGAAAAUUACUCUUACAUUUGUUUGUUUUUUAUGGUUUUGCUUUCUACUCCCUUUCGAAAUAAAUUAAUGUACUGUACUUGGGGACAACUAAUAACAGAAAGGGAGACAGCCACGUUUUGAUCAGAGAACAUCUUGUAAAAGAAAACUGUAAGGAAAAAAAGAAAAAUUCUUCAGUGGUGUAAAUUUAAAGAAAUCUAGUAAGUAAUUCAAGUUGAUUGUUUUCCGUCCAGCGAAGCUCCUUCAGCACAAAUCAGACUGUGGAUUUAAGAGCUGCAAUUAUGUAUUUAAAAAAAAAAAGGUGUACAUUAAAAAUGUAAUAAUGGUGCAGUUUGUAAAGACUGUUGAUGCUCGGGUUCACAACUUGUGCAUACUUUUUGUAGCUCUGUCUCACUCGUUCACAUUAUUACUGGAUUUAUUUUUUAGUGGUUCACUAUAGCAAGUUCCUAUGAGGUCGAGGCCCAGUGUCCCAAACACCCGUGCACAUUCAGUGUAUAGAACAGGACUCGUCCAUGUCACGAAGAAACGGUAGAUCCACUACCACAGAGUCUUGUUCAUCAAUGUGGCCUUACAGAGGGAACCAAAAUCCUGCUCUCCGCUGCGCACGGUCUGUGGGACAUGUCCUACAAAUUGCCUUCAGUGAGAACAUCAUAUGCAGCUUAUCUUUUGUUUUUGUUUUUUUUCCUGUUUGCUCUUAUUAUAAGAGUCCAUUAUUCAAGAUUUUUUCAUGUAUCUCGAGGAAUACACUAAAGCGAUGGCCUGCGCUUCACUUGAACAUGGCUUCACUACACGUUUAUCCUGACCUGUGAUCGAACUUCCACAUCAGAGCACUGAGGUGUAUCAGAGCUCAGGCUCCUGUUUUGGGUAGACAAACUGCAUAUAGUGUGCUGUCAGUUGUAUGCAUGCAGUCCUGUUCAGAGCACAUCUUUGAUCCACACGACACAUCCCACAGUUCACUAUCUAGCGUGGCUUUGCGUAAACACCGGAGGAGGUUUGCUCACUUGUUUGUAGUUUGCUCUGCCCACAGUCAGGUUCUUUACAUCAAAACGGUCAUCGUGGUCAAUAUCUAAUGUCUGUAGUCCGGAAUGUUUCGAAUGUCCAUCGUUUAAUCAGUCUCAUCACGCUGGCUGCUAGAAUAAACAUAACAAUGGUUUGUUGCAAAACAAGAAAAGCUUUAAGAAGUCUCAUUUAGUUUAUUUUUUGUUUUCUUCCCCCUCCUUUAGUUGGCUUUGACUUGAGGAAUGCUCUGUUGCCGUACCGGUAUUUUGUUUAAAAAUGAGUGUAAACCACUGGGGAUUUUUAUUAUUAUUAUUUUUUAUUAUUAUUAUUAUUAUUAUUUGUGUGCGCGUGUCAUUCAGGGCUCACUCAUCCAGUUUUCUGCUGCUAUACCACUUCCAUCCUAAGGUUGCCAAUUCCUAAAAUUUCACCAGCUGUUUUCAUUUGGUCUGUUUGUUCAUUUCUUCUUACAUGAGCACUAAUUUCCCUUUAUGAUUUGUGAUUGUGUGUGCUGCUAUAAUGAUUGAUGAAGACUACAUCUGUCUGGUUUCGGGCUAACGUCAAAACUUGAAUUUUAGUUUUUCCCUUGAAUUUUGUUUCUUGAUCUAAAAAGAUGAUGAUGAUGAUUUAUUGUGUGAAACUGACAACCUUGUAAACCGUUAUAGGAUAUGUUUCUAUAGACUACAAAGGGAAGUGCACUAUUCUGUAACCUCAUUCUCUCUGAAAUGCCAUAGGAUCUGUACUGUCUGUGGAAUGGGUUUUGUUUUCUCUGUCUGGUGCUCAGGUUGUUGGGAGAUUUGUCUGAAGCUGUUUAGGAAAAAACACCAUGAACCACACCAGGCAGUUAUGAACUUAAAUGUACUUAUAGAAUGUAGUCUGUUAAGGUAUUUCUGCACUGUACAGUCAAACAUAAGGCAGCACAGCAAAUUCAAUGCAGGAACUUUUUUCCCCCCCUUUUUUUUUCUUUCUUUGUAAUUCCCAGUAGAUUUCUGACCAUUUCUUCUGUUCAGUGCUCGAAGUUCAUGGCCUUUUCUUUUCAAAUACUUCCAUUGCCAUGCUCCAUCACCCCUUCAUACUUCACUUCGUCCAUGUCUGUGUAAAUAAAAUUUCACUGUUCUUUUGUACAACACUAGGAAGAGUGUAUCAAAACGAAGGGAUCAUGUAUUUUUUGAUUGUUUUUUCUUUUCUUCACCCCGAUUACAUAUCCUGUUAAUAGGACUGGUUUGAAGUGUUUUUUGCUUAGCUAGUUGAUUAAUUAUUUGAUUAUUUGAGUGUAAAAGCAAUCCUGCCCACAGCAUAACCAUGUACAGGUCAGUUUUUGCUAGACUCAUGAAAAGGUUUGAUUCUUGGUUGUACAGAUCUAAAUAAAAAAAUAUCUAUAUAUAUAUAAAAAAGGAAAUAAAAUUAUUAAAACAUG